AGGAAUGGAAUUAUGGAACAAUGGCGGAUUAUAACUCUCUCUCUCUUAAAACUUCCAAAUUACAGCUCUCGCUCUUAAUAUUCUGGUAAAUCUCUACUUUCUGGCACACCUCUUCCUACCCUAACCCUAAUUUUAGUUGAUUCGACAAAUUGAGCUUCCUUCUGGCCCCAUGGAGACUCACACUCUGUUUGACAGACGUCCCAUAUCCCGCUCUAGAGCCCCUGCUGUUAAAUGGUUCAAGGAAUGGGUGCCGCAAGAUACUGUUUCGAAUGGUGGGAAAUGCCUUGUCUUGAAAUGGGUUAAUGAGGCGACGAUGAGGGCCAAGAAGGAGAAGUCUAAAGAGCCAGAGGCGGUAGAUCCCGAGCCUGAACCCACAACAGAAGUUCUCUUCUUGUGCAGUUAUGAAGGCUGUGGAAAGACAUUUAUAGAUGCUGGAACAUUGAGGAAGCACUCUUAUAUUCAUGGGGAGAGACAAUAUGUUUGCCAAUAUGAGAAUUGUGGGAAGAAAUUUUUGGACAGUUCAAAGCUAAAGAGGCAUUUUUUAAUUCAUACUGGGGAGAGAGACUUUGUGUGUCCACAUGAAGGCUGUGGUAAGGCGUUCUCUUUGGACUUCAAUCUUAGGUCACAUAUGAAAACGCAUGCACAGGAGAACUAUCAUAUUUGUCCGUAUCCUGAUUGUGGAAAACGAUACGCCCAUGAAUACAAGCUAAAGAAUCAUGUUGCAUCUCAUCACGGGAAGGCGAAUGUGAUGGAAACACCCAAAUACGUUAUGCCUCCAGAAAAGCCCAUGAAAACUCCCAAGUCUACUACAGGAGCAACGGGCCCUGCAUCAUCAGACCGACCAUAUGGCUGUCCAUAUGAAGGGUGUGAGAAGGCAUACAUUCAUGAAUACAAGCUGAAUCUUCAUCUUAGGCGAGAGCAUCCUGGUCAUUUUCCAGAUGAGAAUGCGAAGGCCAACCAACCAAAAACUGAACAAGAGAUGGAUGAAGGCAGUGAUCAAGAUGCAUUUGCUGCCAAACGUAGCAACAGUAAAGCCCAAAAACAAAGCAGGCCGAAGCCAAACCUGAAGUUGCCACCUUCGAAGGUUUCUCACCGCAAGACUACUACUAUUUCCCCUGUCAAUUUGAAUUUGGCAAAGAAACAUCGGCCUCUCAAGGAGAAAAUAUACAAAGAAGAUAGUGAAGAGACGGAAGAGGAAAGAGAGAAUAUUGCAGAUGGGUGGAGGUACAGUGACAAUAAUGAGGAUGAUGAUGAAGAGACAGAAUAUGAGGAUUAAGUUAAAACUAUUUUUCACAGAGAUGAACAUAAGAGUGCAUUUUUUCAGAUCUUUAAAUAACAGCUGUAGACUUUAGUGAUAAAUUACCAUUAAGAAUUUCAAGAAAAAAUGAAAAUCUUCAGCUAUUUAUUCUCAAG